UUAAAAAGAAUAAAAACCCCCAAAAAAUGUAAAACUAAGUAAUAAAAUGUUAAAAUCCCCAUGUCAUGAUAUCGAAAUUGGACAAAGUUGACAAAUAAGGACAUUUAACAAUUACGACAAAAAAAUCCAGAAAGUUAUAUAUAUAUAUAUACGUGCAUGAAUGAAGAGCAUUGCAUUGUGUCUCAAAACCAUUCGAUAUCAAUGUCUCUUGGAACCACCACAAUGAUCGUUCUUUUUCUUCAAAUCAUUACAUGUUUUCUCUUCACCGCCACUGCCUCAUCACCUCACGGCUUCACCAUUGACUUGAUCCAGCGUCGUUCGAAUUCAUCUUCUUCUCGACUGUCCAAAAAUCAGUUGCUCGGAGCAUCACCUUACGCCGACACUGUCUUUGAUUACAGCAUCUAUCUAAUGAGACUACAACUCGGUACUCCUCCUUUCGAGAUCGUAGCAGAGAUAGACACAGGAAGUGACCUUAUAUGGACACAAUGUAUGCCUUGUCCUAACUGCUACACACAAUUCGCUCCUAUAUUCGACCCUUCUAAAUCUUCAACCUUCAAAGAAAAAAGAUGCCAUGGGAACUCUUGUCCUUACGAGAUUAUCUACGCGGACGAAAGCUAUUCCACGGGAAUCUUGGCAACCGAGACGGUCACAAUCCAGUCCACUUCAGGAGAGCCCUUUGUGAUGGCUGAAACAUCCAUUGGGUGUGGCCUCAACAACUCAAACCUCAUGACACCAGGGUAUGCAGCGAGUUCUUCGGGCAUUGUUGGUCUAAACAUGGGACCUUCGUCGCUUAUCUCUCAGAUGGACUUGCCCAUCCCAGGUCUUAUAUCUUACUGCUUUUCUAGUCAAGGAACUAGUAAGAUCAAUUUUGGAACAAAUGCUGUUGUGGCAGGAGAUGGGACGGUAGCAGCCGAUAUGUUUAUCAAGAAAGAUCAACCUUUCUAUUACCUAAACCUAGACGCGGUCAGCGUUGGGGACAAACGCAUUGAGACAUUGGGGACACCGUUUCAUGCCCAAGACGGGAACAUUUUUAUAGACUCUGGAACCACUUACACGUACUUACCUACGAGCUACUGCAACCUAGUGAGGGAGGCAGUGGCGGCAAGUGUUGUGGCAGCGAAUCAAGUACCUGACCCGAGCAGUGAGAACUUGCUUUGCUACAAUUGGGACACCAUGGAGAUCUUUCCGGUGAUCACAUUGCAUUUUGCUGGCGGUGCGGAUCUUGUCUUGGAUAAGUACAAUAUGUAUGUCGAAACGAUAACGGGAGGAACCUUUUGUCUAGCUAUUGGGUGUGUUGAUCCGUCAAUGCCUGCUAUCUUUGGGAAUAGAGCGCAUAACAAUUUAUUGGUGGGUUAUGAUUCUUCAACAUUAGUGAUUUCUUUUAGUCCCACUAAUUGUUCUGCACUAUGGAGUUGAAGAAACAACACCCCAAGCGAGUCUCUUUUCUACAUUUUUAAGUUUAGUUUGGUUUUUAUUAUAUUUGUCCUUUUGAUAAAAGCAUAAAACAUUGAUAUUUUUUUAUGAUUAAUUAAUAUGCGAAUGUGUACACAACAUGCAUUAUUCAUAUUCUAAUGUGUCUCUUAUACUUUAUUUUUAUUUUUAUUUAUAAUCCAGUUUUCACAA